GAAUUAGGGAGCUGAUUGAGACGCCCAGAGAUUUAGUUUGCAUUAAUUUUUCUAUAUUUUCAUUAUUCUCUCCCUAAUCAGGACAAAGUGUCUAAACACCGAAAAACUCCUGCUGAAUCCUCCGAGAUCCAUGUGACACAAAAUUAUAAAGAUGGCAUUUAUUAAAGAAGAGAGUGAAGACAUGAAGAUUGAAGAAGCAUUCAGUGUCAAACAUGAAGAUACCGAGGCACCAACAGACCUGAUGGCGCUGAAUGAGGGGAGUCAAGAACUGAAUGAAACGGAUGAUAAAGAUAAGAAUGGAAAACCGCAUGAUUUCAAAACUGAAGAAAAAUUUAUCAGUUGCUCACAGACUAAAAAGACUUCCUUACAAACUCAAAAAACAGAAACUACAAACCUUAAUCCCAACAUGAGAACUUACACCUGCCAACAGUGUGGGAAGAGUUUCUCACGAAAUGGAGAUCUUAAGACUCACAUGAAAAUUCACAUAAAAAAGAAACAAUUGUUAUGCCCUCAGUGUGGAAAGAGUUUUACACAGAAAAAAUACCUCACUGUCCACAUGAGAAUUCACACCAGAGAGAAGCCGUUCACCUGCGAACUGUGUGGAAAAAGUUUUACACAGAAAAGAUACCUCUCUGUCCACAUGAGAGUUCACACUGGAGAGAAGCCGUUCACCUGCUCUCAGUGUGGAAAGAGUUUCACAUUUAAAGGAAGACUUCAGACUCACAUGAGAGUUCACACUGGAGAGAAGCCGUUCACCUGCGAACUGUGUGGAAAGGGUUUUACACAGAAGAGAUACCUCACUGUCCACAUGAGUGUUCACACUGGAGAGAAGCCGUUCACCUGCCCUCAGUGUGGAAAGAGUUUCAUGUGUAAAGAAAGACUUAAGAUUCACAUGAGAGAUCACACUGGAGAGAAGCCAUUUACCUGCCCUCAGUGUGGAAAGAGUUUCACGUGUAAAGGAAAUCUUAAUAUUCACAUGAGAGAUCACACUGGAGAGAAGCCUUUCACCUGCCAUCAGUGUGGAAAGAGUUUCACGUGUAAAGGAAAACUUAAUAUUCACAUGAGAAUUCACACUGGAGAGAAGCCAUUUGUGUGUGAUCAGUGUGGAAAGAGUUUUACACAGAAAAAUGGCCUUAAUGUCCACAUGAGAAUUCACACUGGAGAGAAACCUUUCACCUGCAAACUGUGCGGGAAGAGUUUCUCAUUUAGUAACGGUCUUAAGGUUCACAUGAUAAAUCACAAUGAAAAGAAGCCAUUAAUGUGCCCUCAGUGUGGAAAGAGUUUUACACAGAUACACUGCCUUAAAACCCACAUGAUCAUUCACACUGGAGAGAAACCUUAUACUUGCCCUCAGUGUGGAAAAUGUUUCAGGCACAAAGGAAGCCUUAAGGGUCACAUUAGAAUUCACACUGGAGAGAAACCUUUCACCUGUGAACUGUGUGAAAAGGGUUUCUCAUUUAGUAACGGUCUUAAGGUUCACAUGAGAACUCACACUGGAGAGAAGCCAUUUGUAUGUGAUCAGUGUGGAAGGAGUUUUACGGAGAACAAACUCCUUAAUGCCCACAUGCGAAUUCACACUGGGGAGAGUCCUUUCACCUGCGAACUGUGUGGGAAGGGCUUCAGGGACAAAGGAAGCCUUAAGGGUCACAUUAGAAUUCACACUGGAGAGAAACCUUUCACCUGCAAACUGUGUGGGAAGAGUUUCUCAUUUGGUAGCAAUCUUAAGGUUCACAUGAGAACCCACACUGGAGAAAAGCCAUUUGUAUGUGAUCAGUGUGGAAGGAGUUUUAUGGAGAAAAAACUCCUUAAUGUCCAUAUGGGAAUUCACACUGGAGAGAGUCCUUUCACCUGCGAGCUGUGUGGGAAGGCUUUCCCACAAAAAGAAAAGCUUAAAAAACACAUGAAAAUUCACUAAACUUUUUUUUUUUUAUUGCCGUUAGUGCAAAUAGACAGGAAUCAACUUAAGCAUCAUUCAAAAUCUGAAAAAAAGCCUUUUAUGUGCCAUCACUGUGGAAAGAAUAACGCAAACCUUGAGAGUCACACUGGAGAGAGACAUUACUAGUGUCUUCAGUUUAAGAGGAGUAUGUCAAAGCAGCUUGAAAUGCCAUUUGUGAACUUAUUCUGGGUAAGAAAUUACAGUUUUCCCCAGAGUGACGAGGUUUAGAAAAAGGAGCAAUUUCUAUAAUCAUCUGUUUUCUUUCUCAAAGACAAUUCAGUUGUACUCAAUAUAUUAAGUACAUUUUUUGCAUUCUUAUUUAAAUACACAAUGUAAAGUCAUGAUACCCUUUUUGUGUUCUUUGUUAAAGCAUAUAAUAAGAAACAUUUUCUGACUGACA